AUGGCCAAGAAAACGACCCUUACCGAGUUCGAGUCAAUCUUCCCCAAGCUUGAGGAGGUCCUCCUCAAGCAUGCGCAAAAGUACAAGCUUCCCAAGGAGGAGCUGGCAUGUCUCGAAAUCAACACCCUCGGCGGAAAAUGCAACCGUGGCAUGUCGGUCCCAGAUUCGGUCUCCCUCCUCCUCGACAAGCCCCUCAACGAGGAAGAGUACUUCCAAGCUGCCACCCUCGGCUGGAUGACGGAGCUCCUCCAGGCCUUCUUCCUCGUUUCGGACGACAUCAUGGACACCAGCAUCACCCGCCGCGGCAAACCCUGCUGGUACCGCCAAGAAGGGGUAGGCAUGGUCGCCAUCAACGACGCCUUCAUGCUCGAGGCCGCAAUCUACACCCUCCUCAAGAAAUUCUUCCGCGAGCACGCCAGCUACGUCGACCUCCUCGAGCUCUUCCACGAAGUUACCUUCCAGACCGAGCUCGGCCAGCUCUGCGACCUCCUCACGGCCCCCGAGGAAAAGGUCAACCUCGACAACUUCUCCAUGGAGAAGUACCGCUUCAUCGUCGUCUACAAGACGGCCUACUACUCCUUCUACCUCCCCGUCGCCCUCGCCCUCCACUGCCUCAACAUCGCCACCCCCAAGAACCUGAAACAGGCAGAGGACAUCCUCAUCCCCCUGGGUGAGUACUUCCAGAUCCAGGACGACUACCUUGACAACUUUGGCCUGCCCGAGCACAUUGGCAAGAUUGGCACCGACAUCAUGGACAACAAGUGCAGCUGGCUCGUCAACCAGGCCCUCGCCAUUGCCACCCCCGAGCAGCGCAAGAUCCUCGAGGACAAUUACGGCCAAAAGGACAAGCAAAAGGAAGCCGUCAUCAAGAAGCUGUUCGACGACAUGGAGCUCAAGCGCCGCUUCGAGGAAUUCGAGGAGAAGCGCGCUGGCGAGAUCAAGGACAUGAUUAACAACAUUGACGAGAGCGAGGGCCUCAAGAAGGGCAUCUUUGAAAUCUUCCUGGCCAAGAUCUACAAGCGCUCCAAAUAA